AUGAGGGAGUGCAUCUCGAUCCACAUCGGUCAGGCCGGAAUCCAGGUCGGCAAUGCGUGCUGGGAGCUUUAUUGUCUUGAGCACGGCAUCCAGCCUGAUGGCCAAAUGCCCAGUGACAAGACCGUAGGUGGAGGGGAUGAUGCCUUUAACACCUUUUUUAGUGAAACUGGUGCGGGGAAGCAUGUCCCUCGUGCUGUUUUUGUUGAUCUCGAGCCGACAGUCAUUGAUGAAGUGAGAACUGGUACCUAUCGCCACCUGUUCCACCCUGAACAGCUUAUCAGUGGGAAGGAGGAUGCUGCCAAUAAUUUUGCUCGUGGGCACUAUACCAUUGGCAAAGAGAUUGUUGAUCUCUGCUUGGAUCGCAUUCGCAAGCUCGCUGAUAACUGCACUGGUCUCCAAGGUUUUCUCGUUUUUAAUGCUGUUGGUGGAGGUACUGGUUCGGGGCUAGGUUCUCUUUUACUGGAGCGCCUGUCCGUUGACUAUGGAAAGAAGUCAAAGCUUGGUUUCACUGUUUACCCCUCACCCCAGGUCUCCACCUCUGUUGUGGAGCCCUACAACAGUGUUCUGUCCACCCAUUCGCUGCUGGAGCACACUGAUGUAGCCGUUUUGCUUGACAAUGAAGCCAUCUAUGACAUCUGCAGGCGCUCUCUUGACAUCGAGCGUCCCACCUACACCAAUCUCAACCGCUUGGUCUCUCAGGUGAUUUCGUCUCUCACUGCCUCGCUGAGGUUCGACGGCGCCCUUAAUGUUGAUGUCACGGAGUUCCAGACCAAUCUGGUUCCCUACCCAAGGAUCCAUUUCAUGCUCUCGUCCUAUGCCCCAGUCAUUUCCUCUGAGAAGGCAUUCCACGAGCAGCUCUCCGUGGCCGAAAUCACUAACAGCGCAUUUGAACCCUCCUCCAUGAUGGCCAAAUGCGACCCACGGCACGGAAAGUACAUGGCCUGCUGCCUCAUGUACCGCGGUGAUGUCGUCCCCAAGGACGUGAACGCCGCCGUGGCAACUAUCAAGACCAAGCGGACCAUACAGUUCGUCGACUGGUGCCCCACCGGCUUCAAGUGCGGCAUCAACUAUCAGCCGCCUACCGUAGUGCCUGGCGGCGACCUCGCCAAGGUCCAGAGGGCCGUCUGCAUGAUCUCCAACUCCACCAGCGUCGCAGAGGUGUUCUCCCGCAUCGACCACAAGUUCGACCUCAUGUACGCCAAGCGCGCCUUCGUCCACUGGUACGUGGGCGAGGGCAUGGAGGAGGGAGAAUUCUCCGAAGCCCGUGAGGAUCUCGCAGCCCUCGAAAAGGACUACGAGGAGGUCGGAGCCGAAUCCGCCGAGGGUGAAGACGGCGACGAUGGAGACGAGUACUGA